UAAUUAUAUCUUUCUUCCAUAGAUCCAACUCUCUCUCAAAAUGGCUCUUCUUAAUCUGAAAAAUUGUGAUCUUCUUCUAACCUUUGUUGCAGUGGGAAUUUUUCUUGCCUUAGUUAUUAUUCCUAAACAAGUAAUCGGUCAAUGUAAUUGUGACCCUGGCCUCUGUUGUAGCCAAUAUGGUUACUGCGGCGAGGGCAAUGACUUUUGCGGUGACGGCUGCCAAUCGGGACCUUGUUAUGCGAACACCAACGACGUCGUGGUGGCUGAUAUUGUGACCCCUGAGUUCUUUGAUGGGAUCAAGAAUCAAGCUGCAGCUUCUUCAGAUUGUCCUGGGAAAAGCUUCUACACAAGAGAUGCAUUUCUAAAUGCUCUCAGUUCUUAUCCUCGAUUCGGUAGAGUCGGUAGCGUUGAUGAUUCCAAGCGUGAGAUUGCAGCCUUUUUUGCUCAUGUUACUCAUGAAACUGGAAGUAUGUGUGCUAUAGAAGAGGACAGAAGGGAUUAUAACUCUUGUGAUACUAGCAAACAACAGUAUCCAUGUACUCCAGGCAAGUUCUACUAUGGGCGAGGGCCACUUCAGCUCACUGGAAAUCAAAAUUAUGCAGAAGCCGGAAAAGCUCUACAAUUCGAGGGUCUAAACUCUCCGGAACUGGUGGCUCAGGAUCCCGUUUUGUCGUUCAAGACCGCCUUGUGGUUCUGGAUGACCAAUGUUCACUCAGUUUUAAGCCAAGGUUUUGGGGCAACAAUCCAGAAGAUUAAUGGAGAUCUUGAAUGCAAUAACAAAGAACCUGAAAAAGUUCAGAACCGUAUUGGGUUCUACACUAAUUAUUGUCAGAAAUUUGGUGUUGAUCCUGGGCAGAAUCUCUCUUGUUAGGUUCUUAAUUUUGAUAAUUUCUUGAAUAAUUAAUUUACCGGCAUGUUGAAUAAUGUACACUUAUUUUCAUUAAGAGUUGUAUCAAACAACUUGUUUGAGUAACCUCACUAGAGUAAAUUAGAUGAAUUGAGAUUGAAUAAAUUAAGGAGUUUAUAUAUGAA